AUGCUAGAUCCUAGGAACGUGCUUGAGAAGGAACUUUCAGAAGAAUCAUGUGAGCUGGAAGCAGCAGCUGUCCUUCCUGCCUCCUGCCUUCAAAAUCUGGGCAGCAGUAACUGGAAAGACCGUAUAUCUUGCCUGGAGGCAUUUGAGAAGACUGUGGAAAAGAUGGAGAAGAACCAGGUGCCCUGCCAGGCUUUGGUGAGGCUACUGGACAAAGAACCAGGGUGGGAAGAAACCAAACUCCAGGUGGUGCAGAAGAAGCUGCAGAUUGUCACCCUCAUUGCCCAAAAGGGGAACUUCUCCAAAACCACUGCUCAGUUUGUCCUGGAAAAUCUUGUGGACAAGAUUGGGGAUGUGAUCUGUGGCAACAACAGCAAGGAAGCCCUUACUGCAGUGGCAGAGGCAUGUGGCUUGCCUUGGACAGCAGAAAGGGUCUCAGAAGCAGCCUUUUCACGAGACUGUCCUAGAACCCAUUCAGAAACCCUCAACUGGUUGACCAGUUCCAUUCAAGAUUUUGGUUUUGAUGGCAUGGAAGCCAAAACCUUCAUCCAUUACAUGAAAUGUGCCUUGGUUGCGGUGCACCCAGAUGUGCGGACUUCUGCUUUCAAUCUCCUGGGGGUGAUGUAUUUGUAUGUAGGUGCUCCACUGAGAACUUUCUUUGAGGAUGAAAAGCCACUUCUGCUAUCUCAGAUUGAUGCAGAGUUUGAGAAGGUGAAAGGCAAGAGCCUACCCCCUCCUACUCGAGGCAGGUGUAAGUUCUGCAGGGAUACUGGGAAUGAGCAGCGAGGAGGAGAUGCUCAGCUCUGCAAGAGGACCUAUGCAGUUGACCUCAGCAAAAGGAUCUCCACAAUGUUGAUGCUGAAGAUGCAGGACCCAAGCUGGAAGAUCCGCAGGGAAGGUCUGGAGGAGCUCUCCAGGAUCCUCAGUGAGGUCAAAUCUAUCCAGCCCAACAUUGGGGAUCUCCCAUCAGCACUGAAGAACUGUUUGCAGGACUCCAAUAAAGCUAUUGUGAAGCAGACCCUUGUGAUUCUUCAGCAGCUUGCCAGGGCCAUGGGACCAGGCAUUAAAUACCACAUCAAGACUCUGGGCAUACCUCUCAUUGCUGUUUUCAGAGACAGCAAGAGCAAUGUGCGAGCUGUGGCCCUAAAAACUGUGGAAACUUGGGCUGAGCAGACAGGCAUGAAGGAAUGGCUGGAUGAAGAGGAUCUCUCUGUAGAUCUGAAGAAGGAGAAUUGUCCCCAAAAGCAAGGGAUCCUUGGCUGGCUGGCUGAAAAAUUGCCAAGCCCCAAUUCAGCCUCCACUGAACUAGUUCGCUGUUUGCCUCAUCUUUAUUUGUCUCUGGAAGACUGUCAUGAGGAAACACGCAAGGCAGCCCAUGAGGCGGUGCCUUUCUUCCUGCUUCAUCUAGGUUUUGAGAAGAUGACUGAAGUAGCUGGGAAACUGAAACCUGCUUCCAGAGAAAAAGUCUUGUUGAUGCUGGAGAACACCAAAUCUGAGUGGCCAACAAAGUCUGCUAUACAUCUUGGCAACCCUCUUUCCAAGUUACCACGAAGCAAGCCCUGGCCUAACUCAGCUUCUCCUCAACAGUGCAUCCCAGAUUCCUUCCUUGCUGAAAAUGUGGGGUCCACUGAACUCAACCAGGAAGCCAAAAAAGUAAAAGAAGGAACCAUCCCCAAAUCUAAGAAGAUGCUGGGUAUGAAGACAAAACAUGGCAUGAAGGAAGACAGCAGCAUGGUUGGUCCUGUUUUCAUGAUUGUUCCCAAAGCCAAAGAGCAAAGGAUGAAGGAUGAGAAGGGUCUGAAGGUACUGAGAUGGAACUUCAGCACCCCAAGUAGCAAGUAUGUAGAGCAACUCAAGGCUCAGAUGGGCAGUUGCCUGUCCAGCACACUGCAAGAGGAGCUGUUCCACUCCAACUUCCAGCAUCACAUCAAAGCUCUGGCCAUCAUGACAAAGCACUUGGAGGAGGAAAAAGAUGGAGUCAUCAGCUGCCUGGAUCUCAUCCUGAAAUGGCUGACUCUGAGACUGUUUGACACUAACACAUGGGUGUUGAUGAAAAGCUUGGAGUAUCUCAAAAGACUCUUUGAUCUAUUAAUUCAGGAGAACUAUCAGCUGACGGAGAAUGAGGCUUCUUCCUUUCUCCCCUACCUUCUGCUGAAAAUGGGGGCAACCAAGGAGUCUAUCCUCAAAGAGGUGCAGGCAAUAGUGAAGCAGACAAUCCUCAUCUACCCUGUCUCCAAGAUUUUCUGUUUCCUCCUAGAGGGAGCCAAGGGCAAGAACCCCAGCCAAAAGAUGGGGUGUUUGGAAGAGCUGGGGUGGUUGUUGAAGGAGUAUGGCCCACAUGUGUGCCAACCAAACCCAAGGAAAGCUCUGAAGACUAUCAUCAGCUUGACUGGGGAUUCCAACAACGCUGUCCACAGUGCUGCCUUGAGGGUCAUUGCAACUGCUAGAGAUGUGUAUGGGUCUGAAGUCUUCAAGGCCAUUGCAGGUAUAUCUGAGAAACAUAUGAAUUUAUUGGAGGACAGUAUAAGAGAGGAAGAACUAAGGCGCCUCAAAGAAGAAAAAGUGAGCACCCAGGUCUUCAACUUAAGUGUUAGGUUAGGAUCAGUAGAGAGCAGCAAACGAAGUUAUGGAAUCAGCAACCACCCUGAGGAAGAAUAUUUAGCUCCCCAACAGGACAGAACUCAGACCAAGAAUGAUAGUAGCAUAACUGUGUGCCAGAGUCCCAAAUGGAGUGACAAUGUUCCCAGCACUGUGUGCCAUGAAUCUCAGUCUGGGAGUAACAUCAAUAUGAUUAUUUGCCAUGUAGCCAGUGGCAACAUCAGCUCCAGCAUUAAGGCUCUAUCAGAGAUCCAAGAGAUUCUAAGGCAGGAGGACAAGGCAAAUGCCAUGUCUGGCCAUACCAACCAAUUCUUGAUAGCCACUCUCCGGCAGCUGACAUUCAUCCAACGGUUCCGCAUGGCAGCAGAAGAGGAGACAGAGAAGGGAAACGUCAUCGAGCUUUACAGCAGUAUCAUCCGCUGUAUAAUCUCCCUCUUCAAAGUGGACAGCCUAGCUCAGGAAACCUCAGCUGGUGUGCUGAAGGACCUCAUGAACAUUCUGAUCACCUUAUUGUUGGAUUCUCCAGCUGAAGACCUUCCGGAGGUGCAGGAAGUCACCCAGUCCAUCAGUCUCCUGAUGACCAUGGUGCUGGAGAGAUCUGACCAGACAAGAAUACUCAGCUCUUUGCUGGCCCUCCUUUGUGAGAGUUUGUUAUCCUCCAACAAUCUUCCAGCCUUUUCAGAAGUGGUAGCCAAGUGUACAUGGAAAACUGCUAGACUCCUUCCACAGACUAUUGGUAGUAUCAAUUUGGGCCAGAUCUUGCUGGAUGUCCACAUCUUCAUGAAGGCUUUCCCUGAGGAGAAACUGAAGCAGUACCAAAGUCAUAUACCACUCCGGGCACUGAAUACUCUGCUGCACACCCUCUGCAAGCUGAAGGGUUCAGAGAUUUUGGAUCACCUCACGUUGAUAGAGGACAGAGAUGAGUCUGAGUUGAAGGCCUAUCUGGGGAAGAUGAUAAGACACUCUGCAGAGCAGGACACAGUGGACAGCAAAAAAGAGUAUUCUGGGCCAGCUGAGGACAAAGUCAACACCACUCUGGUGGACAUUUUCAAGAAGAUCAACUGCAAAGAGACUGCCAGAGCAGGCCUUGAAGAGCUAUAUGAGCAUAAGAAGGAAUAUCCUGAGACCGACUUAGAGCCAUUCUUGAAAAACUGCUCCCUGCUCUUUCGCAGUUAUGUCAAGCAUGGCUUGGCAGUGAUGAGGCUGGAGAGAGAGAAGGCAAACAGAGUAGAUGAUUUCUUGUAA